AUGGAUGAAAAAUCAGCUGGUGGGCAUAGAAUUUUUCAGUUACAUGAACUAGAGGAGUUGAGGAAUGAAGCUUAUGAAAAUCAUAGAAUAUAUAAAGAAAAAACUAAAACUUUUCAUGAUAAAUACAUUAGCAGAAAAAAAUUUGAUGUUGGACAAAAAGUGUGGUUAUAUGAUUCUAGGCUGAAAUUAUUCCCAGGAAAAUUAAAAUCAAAAUGGAAAGGGCCUUAUGUGGUGGAAGAGACAUUUGAUCAUGGGGCUGUAAUGAUUAAAGAUCCUAAAAGUGAUCAUAACUUUAAGGUAAAUGGACAGCGGCUUAAACAUUACAUAGAACAUGAACGCCUUGCAGAAAAAGAAAUUUUAUUAUUAAAAGAAAUUCAAGAGUAAGAUCAAGGAGUCCAGCUGGAGACAUUAAAUUCAGCGCUGCAUGGGAGGCAACCCAUGGUUUUUAUUUCAUUCUGUUUGAUCUCUGUUUUUCUUAGAAUUUCGCAGUACUUGUUUCUGUGUUUGUUUUUCUUUCGAAAAAGUGCAGGAGGAGGAGUGUAAGAUGAAGUGGAAAAUUAAAAACGAGGUUGAGGUGAUGUCUUUCUGAGCUUCAUCAUUUAUGAAAAUAUUUUUAAUGCUUAACUUUGCAGAUAUGCAUGCUUCACUUGAAAAUUAUAUUUUCUGCAUAUUCUGUUUCGAUUUUUUGUGUCAUUGAGGACAAUGUCAUUUUUAAGUCGGGGGGUGAAGUAUUCAUUAUUAAUUUAUGCUGUAGGACGAUUAAGAAUAUGUGUUUGCAUUUUAUUCAACUUAGAACAGCAACUAAAAAAAUAAAAAUAAAAUAAAAUUCGGAAAAAUUGCAACAUCUAUUUUCUGGUUUUCUGUCAGAAACAACAGACUGUCAAAAACAGCAGACAAAAAACAGCCCGAAAUUUGAAAUUCUAGAAGACCCUUUUCUCACAUUUCAAUCCCCUAGAUAUAUAUUACUGAAAUUCAAAAUUACAGCUAUAAAGAAGAUAGUUUUGAUUUAUUUUUGACAAAUUUAUUGCUGCUAAAAAUAGAACUGAAAACAGAAAACGGAAUUGUCAGAACUAUCUAAUUUACAAAUUCCUUACAUCAUAUUGCAUGCAUGAAAAAUUAAAUCAAUUAGAUUGAUUGAUACUAAAAGAUACUAGGAAGAUUAUUAUUGAGUCAAAAGAAUGAUCUAGUAGCAUGAAAUGUUGGAAUACUCCUUGGAUACAUGAUAGAUAACAUGGAUUUGAUUUUACAGAUUUUCACUUCAUGAUCUUGAUGGAUAAUAUUUACUUGAUGUGAAAAUUUGAUUGAUCAUUUGAGUUUAAUGGAGAUUUUUGCACCUUGAUCUAUAGGACUUGUGAGGAGAAAUCACUUAUUUCAAAAAAAAAAAAAAAGAGAGCAAUGUGAAAAAUCUAGAAACGAAGAGUACACAUGGAGGGUGUGAGACAUCAUUCUCAUUGUCAAAAAUCGUGCAUAGAAAAACACUUGCUGAAAAAUAAGUGGAUAAAGUGAAAGCCCUGAAAAUGAAGAGUACACAUGGAGGGUGUGAGACAUCAUUCUUAUUGUCGAAAUUUGUCUACAGGAAAAGCUACUUAUCCACUAUAUAUAUAUAAAAAAAAAAAAAAGAAGGAAGAAAUAUAGUGCAAACUUCAAAAAUCAAGUCAUAGAAAAAGGGAAAUGUAAGAUCAAUAUUAUUCUUGGAUGAGUAUUGAUAAUUGGAACAUCUUGUAAAUACAUCUAUGAGUGAAGAAGUGAUAAAGAUGUGAAUAGAAGAAGUGAAGUCUAGAUUGUUAUUCCAAGGAGUGUUUAAACAUUUAAGUGCUUGACAUCAUUCUUAAAUACUUGAUAUAAGAAUCCAAAGUAUUUAAAGGUGCAUCAUUUCUAAUUGUAUUUCUUUUCUGUAUUGAAAUAUGAUGUUUGAGAUUUGUAAAUUUUUAUUUUCGUAAUUCCAUUGCUAAGGGACUAGCAAUGAUUUAAGUUGGGGGGUGUGAUAAGUCUUCAUUAUCAUGAGUUAAUAAUCAGUAAAUAAUAUAGUUUUAGCCUUAACUCAUGAUAAAUAGACUUAUAUUUGUGUUAAAGCAUGAAAAGUGGUUUUCAGUUGAUUAACGUGAAUCUUUGGGUAAUUAUGUGAUUUUAUACGAUUUUUACAGUCUUAGUUUUGAGAUAAAUGAAGAACAAGAAAUAAAAAUAAAAAUAUUGCAAAAUGGGGGAAUCCGCCGGCCAGCCGGGCCCGCAAGUGGGUCGGAAGCGCAGUCGGAGAGUAGCCGCGAGCAGGGGCUCGAGCGGCUUGCUUGGAUCGAUAGGGGCACGUGUGCGCCACUCCCCUUCCACGUCACCGGUAGUCAGCCGGCUGUGGGGCAAGGAGUGGUCGUACACGCGAGAGGACUUUGCCUAGAAAGCUAACUUUACUCUAUAUUCGCCCGAAUAAUCCGCCCACAACCGAUGUGGGACUAAAUCCACCUUGUAACGGGCGGGCGACCGCCGCGGGUUCGAAUCCUCCCAGUGUCAAAAUUCAUAUAUUUUUAACUGAUUAUCGCGACUUUCCUGCAGAUCGCCGGUGAAGGAUUAAGCAACCGGAAUCGCUGGAUCAUCGGCGAAAAUCUCGUCAACGCGAUUCGCGGAGCAUUGCUACUAAAAUUUCUGAACGAUUCGCGAUAAAAGGAUCGCAAUCUAUCGAGUAAAUCAUCUCCGAUUGAUCGACGAACAAGCCGUCGUCGGGAAGAGGACGAUCCGCCGGGAGACCAGUCGCCACCUCCUGAGAGCGUACCAGAUGCGAUGAAGAGCCUCCUCUUGCUGCGCGGACCUGAGGAUGAAGCUCCCUAACACGCGCCUCACCUCCAUCCAGCCCCUCUCCGUCGGGUGACAGCCGCCGGAGAGCCACAAAGUCGCCGUUUUUCCGCUCCGCCGGGUGACAGCCGCCGGAGACGAUUCGACGACCCACUUCAUUGGUCUCUAGACUUCGCGAGAAGAUCUAGAGAUUGCCCACGUCGUCUUUGUCCAAGGAGAGCCUUCGAGGCCGUGGACACUGCACGACGAUCCUCCCGAACGCUUAGGAUUCCGGUGCAUCGCCGACGCAUCGCCGUCGCAACGCCGGAACUCUGUUUUCCUGCUUUCAAUUUAAUUUACGCUUCAUUUAGUGAUACUUUGUUGAUUUUUAUUUACCAAACUAUACUUUGUUCAACUACGAUUCUUCCGGCUUUUACAGAUCUUAAUUUGAUUAAUUGAGUCGUCUGUAAUCGCCUACGUAAGAAUCGCCGGGCAGAACUGUGUUUCCGCCUGAUUCGCGUUCGCCGGGCGCUGACAUCAUCCUGACGUCCGCACCCUUAUUUCCUUUUUUUUCGUGAAUUUUAAAUAUAUUUCCUUUUUAUUUCCUAGUAUAAAAUUUGUAAGAAAAUCGUACUCAUUGAGAAAAAUUCUGAAUAAUUACCAGAUAUCAUAUUACAUCCCUGUGAUCGACCUGGAAAAUUACCGCUAUUUUUGGAAUUUUUAUUGAAUUAUAAUUGAUAUAUUUAUUUAGAAAUACUUCUAAAUAUCUGAAAAUUCGUAUUUUCUAGUUUUAUAAAUUUUAUAUUUGCGUGAUUUAACAUACAACGACUGAGUCACGUCACUGGUCUACCUUGCUCGUAGGGACGAUCUCCCACGUCCGCCACCACAACCACCUCGACCCCACUACAAGGACUAUUGACCCCACAAAUGCGACUAGGGAAAUGAUAGAAGAGACCUUCCAGGUUAUACAGCUGACCCUUCUUGACGAGAGGAGCUCGAUCAGUGAGUAGAGCGUCAGUCACGAGAUUGUGUUAAAGUGUGAAAAGUGGUUUUCAGUUGAUUAAUGUGAAUUUUUAAGUAAUUAUGUGAUUUUACACGAAUUUAUAUGAUUUUUAUAGUUUUACUUUUGCAGUAAAUGAAGAAAAAGAAAUAAAAAAUAAAAAGAAGAAAAAACAAGGGAGACCCUCAAACAUGACUUAGUCGUUGUAUAUUAAAUCACACAAAUCUAAAAUUUAUAAAACUAGAAAAUACGAAUUUUCAGAUAUUUAGAAGUAUUUUUGAAUAAAUAUAUCUAGUAUAAUUCAAUAAAACUUCCAAAAAUAGUGGUAAUUUUCCAAGUCGAUCAUAGAGAUGUAAUAUAAUAUUUGGUAAUUAUUCAGAAUUUUUCUCAAUGAAUAUGAUUUUCUAUGAAUUUUAUACUAGGAAAUGAAAACAAAUAUAUUUAAAAUUCACAAAAAAAGGAAGUAAGGGUGCAGACAUCAAGAUGAUGUUAGUGCUUGGCGAACGUGAAUCAGGUGAAAACAAAGUUCUGCUCAGCGAUUCUUACAGAAGCAAUUACAAACGAUUUAAUUGAUCAAAUUAAGAUCUAUAAAAGCCUGAAGAAUUGUAAUUGAACGAAGUAUCUUUUGGUAAAUUAAAACAUAAAAAUUAUCACUAAAUGAAGUGUAAAGUAAAUUGAAAGCAAGAAAAUAGAGUUUCGGUGUCGUGACAGUGAUGCGUCGGCAAUGCACUAGAAUCCUGAGCGUCUGGGAGGAUCGUCAUAUAGUGUCUAUGGCCUUGAAGGCUCUCCUUGGACAAAGACGACGUGGGUAAUCUCUAGAUCUUCUCGCAUAGUCUAGAGAUUAAUGAAAUGGGUCAUCGAGUCGUCUUCGGCGGCUGUCACCUGACAGAGUGGAAAAAUGGCAACUUUGUGGCUCUUCGGCGACUGUCACCCGACAGAGAGGAGUUGGAUGGAGGUGGGGUGCAUGUCAGGGAGCUUCAUCCUCAGGUCUUCGCAGCAAGAGGAGUGACGUGACUCAGUCGUUGUAUAUUAAAUCACGCAAAUUUAAAAUUUAUAAAACUAGAAAAUACGAAUUUUCAGAUAUUUAGAAGUAUUUCAAAAUAAAUAUAUCAAUUAUAAUUCAAUACAAAUCCCAAAAAUAGUGGUAAUUUUCCAAGUCGAUCACAGGGAUGUAAUAUAAUAUCUGGUAAUUAUUCAGAAUUUUUCUCAAUGAGUACGAUUUUCUUACGAAUUUUAUACUAGGAAAUAAAAAGGAAAUAUAUUUAAAAUUCACAAAAAGAAAAGGAAAUAAGGGUGCGGACGUCAGGAUGACGUCAGCGCCCGGCGAACGCGAAUCAGGCGGAAACAGAGUUCCGCCCGGCGAUUCUUACGUAGGCGAUUAUAGACGACUCAAUUAAUCAAAUUAAGAUCUGUAAAAGCCGGAAGAAUCGUAGUUGAACGAAGUAUAGUUUGGUAAAUAAAAAUCAACAAAGUAUCACUAAAUGAAGCGUAAAUUAAAUUGAAAGCAGGAAAACAGAGUUCCGACGUCGCGACGGCGAUGCGUCGGCGAUGCACCGGAAUCCUGAGCGUUCGGGAGGAUCGUCGUGCAGUGUCCACGACCUCGAAGGCUCUCCUUGGACAAAGACGACGUGGGCAAUCUCUAGAUAAAGCAGGAAAACAGAGUUCCGGCGUCGCGACGGCGACGCGUCGGCGAUGCACCGGAAUCCUGAGCGUUCGGGAGGGUCGUCGUGCAGUGUCCACGGCCUCGAAGGCUCUCCUUGGACAAAGACGACGUGGGCAAUCUCUAGAUCUUCUCGCGAAGUCUAGAGACCAAUGAAGUGGGUCGUCGAAUCGUCUCCGGCGGCUGUCACCCGGCGGAGCGAAAAAAUGGCGACUUUGCGGCUCUCCGGCGGCUGUCACCCGACGGAGAGGGGCUGGAUGGAGGUGA